GAUCCUAUUUUCAACUUCUACCAUCAAAUUGAAUCCAUAAUCUUUUAUAUGUUUCACGCUUACUUUUGCACAAUCUAUGUCGACCCUUAGGGGCACUGAAGAAUUGUCUUUACACGGUUUUGAGGAACCAAAUUUUGUCAGCAAAACUGAGUACAAUAAUUUCAGAAAUCAAUACUCAGCCACACUCACGCGCCGCCGGUCACGAUGGGACAGUCAGGUAGUGACGGACCGUCUUGAACGAACCAAUCAAUUUAAACGAUUCUGCAGGAAAGGUAUUCCACCCUCCAAUCGUUCGGAAAUGUGGAUGGUACUUUCUGGAGCCAAAUUUCGUAUGAAGGACAAUCCUCAUGUUUACCGAGUUGCUGCAUCCAAGCAACCCAUUCAGAAGCUUUUGAGUGUCAUUCUAGCUGAUCUCCCCCGCACUUAUCCAGAGAACAUUCGCUUCAGAGACGAGAACAGCCCCAAAAGCCUAAUCCCCUCGUUAAAACGUGUUCUAUCGGCUUUUGCAGUGCAAUUCCCGCACAUCGGUUAUUGCCAAGGCAUGAACUACAUCACCGCCAUUCUGCUCCUCGUUGUAAGUGGUCAUGGGGAAGAGGCAGAGGAGAAAGCAUUUUGGCUUUUAGAUGCCCUGGUGAAUCACAUCCUCCCCUCUUAUUACGCCGAUGACAUGGUAUCGGUCCGGCGUGACUGCAUGGUUCUGGGACAAUUGCUGAGAAGCAAAGACCGUGCGGUUUAUGAGAUGAUUGAAAAAUCUGGUGCCAAUUUUACCAUGUUAUGCGCCAAGUGGUUCAUUUGCAUCUACGCCGAUGUUCUCCCCAUCGAAACCACCCUUAGAAUUAUGGACUGCCUGUUCUACGAAGGUGAGAAGAUUUUGUUUCGCGCCGGGAUCACUCUCAUCCGAUUACAUCGGACACAGUUGUUAGAAUGCGAGGACUUCCCCGUUCUACUCACCGCUUUUCGGAACAUGUGUCGAGACAGUCAGACUCUUCAGUGUCAUGAAUUCCUCCGGGUUAGUCGGUGCACAACGUCGUGUGCCAUGUUUCGUUUGCCCGGAUCGCUUCCACGCUCAAAGAUUUGGAAGCUAAGAGAACGAUGUGAAGUUCAGCUGUACGCCAAUCGAUAAACACGCGCCAUUUACCUAACCCUUUUCAAACCUCAUGAUGCACUUUCACCGGCACCCAAACUCUUUCCACGCGGACGGCAUAAUGGUUCUUCUCUCCUUGUGCACAUCUUGCGGUCUUUCUUGUCCCCCAAUGGUGGCGGUGGUCUUCAUAUGUUUUGUUUUAACUUUCUUUGAUACACUUGUAUUGAUUUAUUCUACUAAAGUACUCAUAUACUUCUGGUUACAAGUUGAUCACUCUCUAGUUCUUCUUUUGGUUUCGGUAGACGGAUUCAUUGUGACCUGGUGUUUUGGGAGAAGGGAUCUGCAUAAUGGAAUUGAUGACUUGACCUUGCGUACACACGGUUAAACGAACAAUUUCCUGCAACCAACU